AUGCCUAGAUACCGAAUAACGACAGAGCUUUCUGACGAAGAAAUAGAGCCUUAUGUCCCGAAACCAAUAAAGAAGAAAUCUGAUGAAGAAAGAUUCGGCGAGCAGACAAUUCCGGGUCUUGGGCUCUAUACGAUUCCCAAAAUGCGCACUGAUGAAGAACGUGCAAAAAUGAUGGAAGAAGAUGAAGAGAUUGCUGCACAUGUUCCGCUGUCGUCUAGAAAGUGGUACCGUGAUUCACUGGCAACCGCGGACCUCUGUUUGGUGGAACCAGCUAGUUUAGCUGAUCCGAACGCCUCGCGCGUGACCCCCCGCCGCUCCCGUAUUCAUCAUGUUGACUACGACCAAUUACAGGUUAACUACGAGCCAGCUAAGCCAUCAAAAUCAUUAUAUGGAUUUUCAAAAGGUCGAAGUGUAGAAGACUCUUUAAAAGAAAUCAGAGAGGAAAAAGCGGCAAUAAAAGCAGCAAAAAGCGAACGCUUACGAAGAGAGUGGAUCGGAACCGCACCGAAAGCAAAGCUGGGAGCCCCGUCCGAGAAAGAUGCCUGUCUGUACUCGAUAAAUGACUACUUAGAGGUACAAAAGGCACAAGAAGCCAAAAUGGAAGCCAGAGAAGAAGAAGAGCUGUUUCAUCACAAGCCAUUCAAAACUGCGAAACAAAUACGAGCAGAAAAGUACGGAGUAGAUGAAGAUGAAGAAGGGCAGGAAAUUCUAAACGCAAAGAUAAAUGUGCCGCGGCGAAAGCAGCACGAGAUCGGCACCUCUGUCGAUGAGCUAUUCGACCGACACAAGUCCCUUGUGACAUCAGUGCUCGAUCGACGUACAGAAAAGAUUCGACGUGCCAGAGCGGUGCGCAAAGAAGGCGAGGAAGAAAUUGAAGACCUAUUGAAUGUUAAUGUGCGAAGCCCAAAAUGGCUGGCCCAAGCAUCAUCGCCCUCUGGAUUAUACGAGGAUCAAUUCAAGAAGCGACUCCCGCUCAAGCUAGACACUCUCGAAGAUCUGCUCAAUUACAAUCCGCAUGGUCAAAUCGAAACGACGACUGCAGAAGAAGACGCGGAAGCCCUGAAAAAACUAGCGCCUAAAGAAUACAAGACAUUCGAAAAUCCAAACUUCCUACGCUCUAGCUUCAAGCACCUCUAUUCCGAUCCAAUGGCAAAUCUGAAUGAUGACAAGUACAAGAAGCUUAUGAAGGAUGUAACUUUCACAACAGCCCAGUUCCCGCCAUCUCGCUUAAUGGCCGACGAAGAUGAAUGA